UUUGGCGUCGCGGUCACUCUUCAAUACAAAAACGAGGUAGUUUCGAGUUUUCUUGUUGGAAAAGGGGUCCUUAACUUCCUCAAAAACUGAGAUCAAAGCAAAGCUAGAGCUAAAGAAGCCCUUGAAGAAAAACAACAGCAGCAACAAGAAGUUUUGUCGGGGUUACGGGGCUGAUUUUCUUGUAUUCUUCAAGAAAUAAGUCGAGGUUUUAAUUUCUGUUCUGACUAGUGAGAUAAAGUUGGGUUCUUUUUGAGGAAAAAGAAAAGUUGGGGUUUUGACAUUUUGAUGUUUGAAGUAAAGAUCCAAUUUUGAAGGGAGAGAGGGAGUUAUUAGAGAGAUGCAGACAGAGGCAAGAGUAGGAGUGGUGGUAGAGGGAGGGCCAAGGGCUCUUAAUUCACAGCCGAAGCAGCACAAGCCAUUGCAGCAACAGCAUCAGCAAUCGCAGAUCGGAACAGUUUCGCAACUUGUAGCUGGUGGAGUUGCGGGUGCACUAAGCAAGACUUGCACUGCACCUCUUGCACGCCUCACCAUACUCUUUCAGGUGCAAGGCAUGCACUCGGAUGUUGCAACAUUGAGGAAAGCUAGUAUAUGGCACGAGGCUUCUCGAAUUAUUCGAGAGGAAGGAUUUAGAGCUUUUUGGAAAGGGAAUCUUGUUACAAUUGCUCAUCGGCUACCUUACUCGUCUGUCAACUUCUAUGCAUACGAGCGCUAUAAAGAGUUGCUACACAUGAUUCCUGGCCUUGAAAGCAAUAGAGAAAACAUGGGCAGAGACCUGCUUGUACAUUUUGUUGGUGGUGGUUUGGCAGGAAUAACAGCAGCAUCUGCUACAUAUCCAUUGGAUCUUGUAAGGACACGCCUAGCAGCUCAGACAAAUGUGAUCUACUAUAGAGGUAUUUGGCAUGCAUUACAAACAAUUAGCAGAGAAGAAAGUGUUUUUGGCCUCUACAAGGGACUUGGAGCCACUCUUUUGGGCGUUGGACCCAGUAUAGCUAUCAGCUUCUCAGUGUAUGAGAGCUUACGAUCGUUUUGGCAGUUGCACAGGCCCCAUGAUGCUACUGUUGCUGUGAGUCUGGCUUGUGGUAGUCUUUCAGGCAUUGCAUCCUCAACUGCAACAUUUCCUCUUGAUCUUGUGAGACGCCGGAAGCAAUUGGAAGGAGCAGGUGGACGGGCUCCUGUUUAUACCACAGGUCUUCUUGGUAUAUUCAAGCAAAUAAUCCAGACUGAGGGCUUUCGGGGUCUAUACAGAGGCAUUAUGCCUGAAUACUACAAGGUUGUGCCUGGUGUUGGUAUCUGUUUUAUGACGUAUGAGACUCUAAAAUUGCUUUUAGCAGAUGUUACUCCCAAAUUAUAGUUUCUGUGAACGCCUAAGGGUGUUUGCCUUGCAGCUGAAGGAAUGAGCUGUUGAAUUGUCAUGUAGCAGAAUUGUUCAUCUUAUUUCAUGGAUUUCCUCUUGGUGCAUAAUUUUGUUAUGCUAUCAUUAGGGUACAUUUUCCCAUGUAGAUAGACCAAACCUAAAUCUGAUUUCAAGUGUACUCAUCAUAGCUCUCACAAUUCUCAAAGAAAGUAAUACUAGGUGAUCGAUAUUUUUUUUCA